AUGUACAACAUCGGAUUCAACAAAAUAGUAUGGGGUAGAGAUCAAAAUCUUGAUAAUUUUAUCAAGUCUUUGAGUAAUAGCUCUCUACUUAACUUCCUUGCAUUUGAUGGAAAUCUCUUGGAGGGUGUUCUUCCAGAAUCUAUUGGAAAUCUUUCGAAGAAUCUUUCGAAACUUUUCAUGGGAGGAAACCGCUUCACGGAUAAAAUUCCAGAAUCUAUUGGCAAUCUCACUGGCUUGACGCUUCUUAACAUGAGUGAUAACUCACUCACUGGUGUCCCUCAAGAAAUCAGAAAUUUGAAAGGGUUGCAAGUGCUAGAACUCGGAAUAAAUCAACUUGUUGGAAGAAUCCCUGAUUCUCUUGGCGAUCUUGGCUCGUUAAAUGAGAUCAAUCUAUAUAUCUCAAAACAAUCUAGAAGUGGAAGAAUACCAAACGGAGUUCUUAACCUUCCUAGCUUGAGUGCUGUCUUGAAUCUAUCGAAAAACCUAUUUUCUGGUCCAAUCCCUCAAGAUGUAAGUCGUCGCGAAAGCCUUGUGAGUCUAGAUCUCUCUGAUAACAAGUUUUUAGGCAACAUUCCCUCAUCUAUCAAAGGUUGUCAGAGCUUGGAGAAGCUAAACAUGGCUAGGAAUAAUCUUUUUGGACCAAUUCCUGAUGAAUUAGCAGAAGUGAAAGGUCUAGAGUUCAUAGACCUCUCGUCAAACCAAAUUUCUGGUUUUAUUCCUUUGAAAUUUCAAGAUUUACAAGCUUUGAAGUUCUUGAAUCUUUCAUUCAACAAUCUGGAAGGACGGAUCCCAAAUGGUGGGAUUUUCAAGGAUAGUUCGAAUGUUUUUAUGGAGGGAAAUCCAAAGCUAUGCAUCCAUGCGGCUUGUCGAAAAACUCGGAUGCACGGAAAGCUUUUGAAAGCGAUCAUUAGUACAUGUGCGGUUGGUGUAAUUGCGAUAUGCGUGAUAACUUUCUUGAUUCUGAAAAGAAAAGCAAGAAAGUCUAUCACAUCUACAUCAUCAAGUUCACUCCUCAAGGAACCAUUCAUGAAUGUCUCAUACGAUGAGCUCAGGAGAGCUACUGAGAAUUUCAACCCUAGAAAUAUUCUCGGCUUUGGAAGCUUUGGAUCAGUAUUCAAAGGGAUAAUAGGAGGAGCUGAUGUCGCGGUAAAAGUCAUCGAUCUCAAAGCACACGGAUACUACAAAGGCUUUAUUGCAGAGUGUGAGGCUUUGAGAAAUGUCAGACAUAGAAAUCUUGUGAAACUAAUAACUUCUUGCUCAAGCAUAGACUUCAAAAACACUGAGUUUCUAGCUUUGGUGUAUGAGUUUUUGAUCAACGGGAGCUUAGAAGGAUGGAUCAAAGGCAAGAAGGUAAACUCUGAUGGGAGUGUUGGGUUAAGUCUUGAAGAGAGAGUCAAUAUAGCCAUUGACAUUGCAUCGGCAUUGGAUUAUUUGCACAAUGAUUGUGAGGUUCCUGUGGUUCAUUGUGAUCUAAAACCAAGCAAUAUCCUUCUGAACGAAGAGAUGGUUGCUAAAGUUGGCGAUUUCGGGUUGGCUCGUGUGUUGUUUGAUGCGUCCGAUGGUCGUUGUCAAGCUUCUAUAAGCUCCACACACGUCUUGAAAGGCUCCAUUGGCUAUAUUCCUCCAGAGUAUGGACUUGGAGAAAAGCCAUCACAAGCAGGAGAUGUGUAUAGCUUUGGAGUGAUGUUGUUAGAGCUUUUUAGUGGGAAAAGCCCUAUGGACGAGAGCUUCGAAGGAGAUCAAAGUCUGGUAAAAUGGAUAAGUUAUGGGUUUCAAAAUAAUGCAAUUAUGGAAGUGAUUGACCCUAAUCUUAAAGGACUCAUGGACAAUAUUUGUGGUGCACAACUUCAUACAAAAAUUGAUUGCCUUAACAAAAUUGUGGAAGUUGGAUUGGCUUGCACUGCAUAUGCAGCUGGUGAACGGAUGAACAUGAGAGAUGUGCUACGCAUCUUGAAAUCGGCUAAGGGGAUGCUUGUCAAAGGACACUAAUGGAGAUGAUCUCUUUUUAGUGGAGUUUAAAUAAAUAAGUCUAUAGUUAUUUACAGUUUUUUUUUUUUUUUUUUAAAUGAAUUGUUUGUAAUUUUCUUUGCAUGUAAUAUUCAGGAAUUUCAGUAUUUCGGAAUUUCAUUAAAGUAUUUUUCAGCUUGACAAAAAGCUGCAGCA